AUGGCCAUGAAGAUUUAUGUUUUCUUUGCCAUUGCCAUUGUCUUGAGCCUUUUUUAUGCAGCUUAUGCUAUUUCGGGAACGGCCACUUUCUACACAAAUUAUGUCCCAUCGGCGUGCUAUGGGAACCAGAACAAUGGUGUCAUGAUAGCUGCCGCUAGCGACCCCCUCUGGAAUAAUGGUGCAAUAUGUGGGAAAAUAUUUGUUGUUGCAUGCACAGGAGCUACAAAUCCAGUACCACACCCGUGCACUAGAAACAACGUGACGGUGAAGAUUGUGGAUCAUUGUCCUGGCUGUGGAGGAACCCUAGAUCUCUCCAAGGAAGCCUUUGCCACCAUUGCCAACACUGUGGCUGGGGUAAUCAAAAUUGAUUACCAACAGCUUUAA